AUCCCAUGCGAGCCUUGAACGGCAACAGCUCGGGAUGUUGCGAUAUCGUUGGGCAGCCAGAGAACGCUGUGGUUGCCGAGAUUGAAGCAAAAAACCUCCGGACGCUCUUUUCUCAUUUUUAGGAACGUGUCACAUUUUGAGUUAGAUUCCAAAUAGUGUAAUCGACGAGAAGCGAAGCAAGAUUUAAAAAGAAAACAAAUAAAUCAGGUUUUAUCGUCAGUAGAUGUGAUUAAAUGGCUACCAGCGAGGCUACGUGCCACCGAACGUCCGCACAGCUCGACUGAGGAUGGAAAUAUUGGUCGAGAGAGGCAGUUUUCCUUCGAAGCCCCUCAACAGAGGAUAACACGGAUAACCUCAAACGCGAAAUGUCAUAGCGUGCGAGGAGCUAGCAUCCGGCUAGCUGCUACCAGAGAUGGGAGAGAUGUUUUCAUCGGAUGAAACGAGCUAAAUAGCUAUAAAAGGGGAAUUACUGUACGUUACCCGGAGGAUGCUACUAUAGCCUCCCCGCUGCUGUGUAAUUCACUUACAUAACAGCUAGGCGCAACCGUGUUCGGCGUGCCAAUUUUCAUUCUACCAUCAAAAUCUCUUUCGGCGUCAUCGACACUGAAAUCCGUGUUUGGAUGCUACAAAACGACACAACGACAAAGCAUCCCUCUUAAGCCAUAAAUCUAGUAUCCUGUCGUUUUUGACGCCAUGAGGAAGUUCUUCGAUUCCCGUCGGGAGUUGGUCAGCUCCGGACCUGGUUCCGGAGGAGGUGGUAGCAGCUCCGGGUCCAGCCACGCCGGGGGGAACUUCAUCGGGCGAACCUUCACCGUCGGCCGCCACCAAGUCACCGUGGAGGAAAUCAUAGCCGAAGGUGGCUUUGCGAUCGUGUUCCUGGUGAAAACAAACCAGGGCGUGCGAUGCGCCUUGAAGAGGAUGUACGUCAACAACGAGUACGACCUGCAAGUGUGCAAGUGCGAGAUUCAAAUCAUGAAGGACCUCGUGGGCCACAAGAAUAUUGUGGCUUAUCUGGACUCCAGCAUCACAGCCAUGGGGUCAAGGGACGUGUGGGAGGUCUUCAUACUGAUGGACUACUGCAAGGGCGGCCAGGUUGUUAAUUUAAUGAAUCAAAGGCUGCAGACGGGCUUCACAGAGGCCGAGGUGCUUCAGAUCUUCUGCGACACCUGCGACGCCGUGUCGCGCCUGCACCAGCGCAAGACGCCUAUCGUCCACAGAGACCUGAAGGUGGAGAACAUCCUCUUGCACGACAAAGGUCAUUACGUGCUUUGUGACUUUGGCAGCGCCACUAACAAGUCCCUGAGUCCACAGACGGAAGGUGUGGCAGCUGUGGAGGAAGAGAUUAAAAAGUACACCACCUUGUCAUAUCGUGCACCUGAGAUGGUGAACCUCUACAACAACAAGAUCAUUACCACCAAAGCAGAUAUAUGGGCGCUGGGGUGUUUGCUCUACAAGUUGUGCUUCUUCACUCUGCCCUUUGGUGAAAGCCAGGUGGCCAUUUGCGAUGGCAGUUUCACCAUUCCGGACAACUCCCGCUACUCUUAUGAUCUCCACUGCCUCAUUCGCUACAUGCUGGAGCCUGACCCAGACAAAAGGCCAGAUAUCUACCAGGUGUCCUACUUUGCUUUCAAACUGGCACAGCGGACAUGUCCUGUUCAGAACGUGAAGAAUUCUUCAAUUCCUUCCAAACUUCCUGAGCCAAUCAAAGCAAGCGAAGCUGCUGCAGCCAAGAAGAGUCAAGCCAAGCCCCGACUGACAGACCCGAUCCCAACCACCGAAACUUCGAUCACCCCUCGCCAGAGGCCCAAGGCUGCUCAUACUCAAGCCGCCGCUGGCAUUCUUCCCAUUCAGCCCGCUGCCCUCACGCCUCGCAAGCGGGCUAAUCUCCCCGCUGGGGCAGCUCAGCCUGUUGGAGUCAGCUUGAAUCUCUCGCAGCCAGCUGCGGCCCUCCAGUCACAGAAGGCGCAAACUUGUGCUUUGCCUCUGGUCCAGUCACAAAACAACUCCGGCCAAGCCGUAGCGACACAGAAGCAGCCUGCUUCAGCGGCAGACGUUGUAGCACCCGUUUCCAAGGCAGAUGUCCAGCCGCAAGCCCAAGCGCAGCCGUCCACAGCCCAGCAAACGGCUCCGCCUCCGUCCGUGGCCAGCGCCGCCUCACAACAGGCGCCGCAAUGUCCGUCCAGCCCGGCGGCACCUCAGCGUCCCGCUCGACGCAAGCUGCCCGCUCAGGCUCAGACGCCCGCAGCUCAGCCGACGCUCAACAAACCGCCGGACGAGCAACCGCAGCAAACGAGUCAGCCGUCGGUCGUCCAAGCUCAGGCGGCUGCCACGGAAGUUGCAGCUGAGACGACUCCACCCGCUUCCCCGAAGACAACGGAGGCGCAAAGCCACAAACGUGUCCCAAGUGACGUCACGGCGAGCACCACCAAUGGAGCCAACGAAGACUCCUCACAGGCAGCAGAGGAAGACAUUGUCCAGCCUCAAGUUGACUCCGUCCAGCCUCAUGGCGAUCUCGUCCAGGACCAAAACAAAGUCCCCGCCUCCAGCGGUGACAUCACCUCGCCGCCCACAUGGAACCCGUUCGACGACAACGAUAGCUUCUCAGGCUUCAUCGCCGAGGAAAUCAAACCCAAGGAUGCAAAGCCUUCGGACCCGCCCUCAGAGUGUGAAACGCCGUGUGGAGAGCUGAUACCGGGCUUGGAGGCCUCAUACGAGGAAAAUACAGAACAAGACUCACAAGCUGAACGACCGUCAGCCAUUGUUGACACUGAUUCAGGAGCGUCACUGUUGAUCGUCCCAGAUCCAUUCCAUACCCUUGAGCUGUCUAACGCACCAGAGAAGCUUAUUGAAGGACUCAAAUCUCCAGACGUGUCUUCACUCAUGCUUCCCGACCUGCUGUCUUUGUCUGAUCCUUUUGGCAGUUCUGUGGAGGACUCUGCAAAAGAUCACAUCACUGCAGACGCCUCUCUGCUGGGCUGUUCUCUGAUCUCCGGUGCAUCCGCACCUCCGGCUGCCGUAAGCAGCGCCGCCUCCUCGGUGUCCUCCGCCUCCGCUGUGUCUGCUUUAGACGAGUUUGGUCUGCUGUCUGGAGAAUCUGCACAGCCCAAAACAGCAGAUUCGUCUCUCCUCAUCUCUGACUUUGAGCCCCAGCAAAGUGGCGCCGAGGCGGCCACAGAGGACGAGUUUGACCCCAUCCCCGUAACCGGACGGAAGAACUCCCAAGUUUCAGGAGGCCACUCGCGCAGUAACAGUGGCGGCUCUGAAUCCAGCCUGCCCAGCUUGGCCCGCUCCCUUCUGCUGGUGGACCAGCUCAUCGACUUGUAGGCCGUAGCUCCCCCCUUUCCCGCUCCGUAGAUGUCGUAACACUGGAUUCGAGUCAUGCCAUAGCCCACUUACGGCUUCCAUCUUUUUCUCGUGCGUGCUGCAUCCCCCUCCGGCAUCCUUGCCCAGGUCCUUUAUUGGCAUCACCAUCUCACCAUUCUCUCAUCUUCCCCCCCCCUCCUCCAUCUCCAACCUUCAUCCUUUCUCGAGCUUAACCUUUGAAUAUUACAUGAUGUCUGAUAGCGAAAACUAUAGCUCAUUGUCGUCGCGUACAAUAAGCCUAGUGCUAAGUGGUCGUAGUUCAUUGUGCACAAGUGAAUUUGUCGUCGUUUGCCUUGAACAGAUUCUCCCCCUCCUUCCCUGUUUGAUUUGCACAUUUUUAGAGCUUGAAAUUCAACUUUCUUUUUUUUUUUUCUUUUUAAAGGCAUGCAUAUCCAUUACAUAUCCAUUUUCCUUGCCCCUGACUGGUAAAUGAAAGAUACGAGACCACCUUAUUUUCACAAAGGCGAAGCAAUAAAAGUUUUCUAUUAUCAGAAGGCAACAAGUUUUACAAACAAGCCUUGUUUAGCACCUUAGCUUGUCCGUCAGGCAUCCAGACUAAAAAAAAAAUUCAAAAGUUCAAAGCUUUGCAUUUGCAGCUGUCACUCAAACUCAUUCCCCCAGGGAGAUAUAAUUGAGAUUUUGUCAUUGAAGCCUCCCCAAUUCACAAAAGUGAAAACCACACCAGUUGUUUUUAUUAAGAUUUCCAGUAACAAGGAAUCAUUUAUUAAAAUAACAACUCUAAUCUUUUUUUUUUAUUAUUAUUUGUUCUUAUUUCAUAAUAAAGUUGGAAACAUUAAUUUUUCUUAGAAUUUGCCCUUAUUCUCAAAAUAUUACAACUUUAUUUUAAAAGUUGUGAGUCCUUUUAUUAUAUUAGGCCUUAUAAAUUUUUUCUAGUCAUAUGGCUUUAUUCAUGUCAUAUUACAGAUUUUUUUGUAGUAAUAUUAAGAAUUUAUUCUCUUAUUUAGUGACAAAUUAUGACUUGUAACUUGUCCAUAAUUUAGUAAAUAAUUUUUUUGUAUUAAUGAUAAUUUUCCAACUUUAUUUCUUAUUUCAUUUCCUUUGUAACCCUAAAAUGUAUGUGCAUAAGCAGCUUAUAAAUUGUAAAAUUACUGUGAAAAAAAUCUAGCUUUUCCUGGUGCCAUCAAAUGAUAUGUGAACAACAGUGGAAAGUGUGCAAAAAAAAAAAAAAGACGUCAAAACAAAAUCCUUACUGGCCGCUAUACUAUUCUAUGAAUAUAAUCUCCUCAUUUGAGGUAAGUAAUAGCUUGCUAGAAACUUGUCAAUGACAAUGCAGGCAAUCUAAUAGCGGUUAGCAGUGUGCCAUAUCAAUUAGAAGACGCCUCUUUCUUCAUAUGCAUUAAUAGAUGAAUAAUGAGUAGCGCAUAAAUAGUGCAAAUGUUAAUAUUCUUUGGAAAAAUCAGAUUCUCCAUAUUAGGAAAUCAAAAAAGUUAAGCAUUGUAUUGCACUAUAUAGUAUGUUUAUAACUAGAUAUAUUUUCCAGCAACAUGAUCAGGACAUUCUAAAAACAUGCCGGACGAAUAAAGCUAUAUUUGAUCACAAAACUUUAAAAUUCACCAUAAUAGAUAAAUGGAUAAAAAUGCCAUUUCAACCAAUUUCACAUUUUUAAAGCGGGGAGGUAAUUUACUAAUGUCACCACAAGGUUGCGCCACUAGCACUUCUAAUACAUUUAAGUAGUCAGGCGUCAUACAUACUACUUGUCUAUAAAUAAGAUAUAUUUGAUUAAAGGAGACGCAUAUUGCCAUGUUUCCACAAUUUUAAAGCAAUUCCUUUCGUUACCCUGACGACUGGGGGCGGAGCUAAACAUGACAAAGUGAGCGGACUUGUUAGCGUUGCCAAUUUAGGGACUUUGUUGCUUAUAUGAAGUGACCUUGAUGACCUCUGCAGUUACUAUUCCCCCUAGAAAUUGAUUAGCAAACCUUUUGUGGUGAGGUUCUAGAAAAGAAAAGAUGGGGAGACACAGAACCACCACUUGAUAAAUAAAUGUCCCCUUGAAAGAAAAGUCAGUCUAUUCUCAAUAAAAUUAAAACAAAACAAAAUGACAAAUUCCUGCUAAUCGUCCAUGAGUAUAGGUGGGACAUUUAAUAUUUCUUCUCAUUCAUUCCCAUUUUUCUUUAACUCAUUCAACACAUUUCCGACAUUCCUCCCCAUUAGUGUAAAUACAUUAGUCAACCCUUCCCCAUGUACAUAAUGAAGUCACUGUCAUAUAGCUUUAUUGUGGAUAUAUACAUAUAUGAUAUAUGAAUUGGUUUCCUGUCCAUAAAUGUUAAUACAGAUAGAGUGUUAGAGAAUGAAUGUAAGAAUUGAAUAUUAGUCUUAAAAAUAUCUAUGACAUAUAUCCAUCAGAUGAUAUUGAAAGAAUAUAUGAAUAUUUCAUUCUUCUUUGUGGACUGUGUGUGUGUGUGGGGGGGGGGGGGGGGGGGAGAAGGAGUUGUUUUUGUGUUUCUCUGAUGAUACGUGAUAUGUUAGCUGUGGGAAUCCUGUUCAGUCCUCCGAUCCUCUUCCUUUGUACAAAGCGUUUUCGUGUGUUUACAUGGACAUGAUAUGAAGGACUAUAUUUUUAUUCCAAAA